AUGGCAUACCAGCAGCAAUACGGCAACUACCCGCAACAGCCACAGCAACGGCAACGCCAACAACAGGGCUACGACAAUCACCAUGACCAGCAAUAUGACCAACAGUACUAUGAUUAUGGCUAUGACCAGGGCGGCAAUCAACAAUGGGACAAUGGCCACUACGAUCAGGGCGGAUGGGGGAAUGCGCAACAACAUGGUGGCUAUCAAGAUAUGAAUGGAUAUUCGAGACAGGCUCCACCAAACCAAGGUCAUCGACCACCCCCACAAGACCAAUACUAUCAGGACGAGACAUACAAUGAUCCGUAUUACCAACAACCGCCCCCACAAAAUCAGGGUCGAGGACCACCUCCUCAGCAGCGACAAGAUCCUCGUAACCGACCAGUGGGGAGAGGAAAUGGGCCCUCACCAAAUCAACAGCCAGGACGGGGUGGGCUCAGACCGUCGGGCCUUGACCGGUCCAUGCUGAAUCCUCCAGCCCCAAAGAAACUACCUCAAGAUAACCCGUUUCCAACAUUUCCUCCAAAAAACCAGAAGCAGCAAGGCGCAAAUCCUACAAUCGAUCAGAGCAUGGCGCAAAUGAAUAUCAAUGAUAAUGGAGGGAACGCGGGACCCAGAGGUCCACCAGGGCGAGGACAGCCUAUGCCACAGAGAGCAGGACCUAAUCCUCGGCAGGACUCAGGGCACUUUGAGGACCAAGGUCAACGACAGCCUCGAAAUCAGAUGCCACCAGGCCAGCGACCGCCACAGAUGAAUGUCGAUACUAACAGAAGACCAAUGCCGCAACGUACAUCUGAUCCCAUGUCUCCCUCCAGACGAACUUUCGGUUCAAACACACAGCGUUCCAUGACCAUGCCCCAGAACGUGCAAAAUGGCUAUGGAGCGGGCGGGUACAACGGCCAACAAGAGUAUGCUGAGCCUGGAGCGAUGUCUGGCUAUAAUGGCCCUACAUCGCCAACCUACGUUCCACCCAGGCCAACUACUGCUGGCGGAACCAGACCAAAUGGUCCCUCGAUGCAGCAAGGACAAAGACCUCCAAUGCCGCAAAUGCCAUCGCAACAGUCACAGCAGCCACAACAAGCGCAACACGAUGACCCCUCGGGCCUAGAUAACUUUUAUGAUGAUUACUACGGUUCAGACGACCGCAAGAGCAUGGGAACUGCAAUCGAUAUGCCAGAUUUCGAUGCCAUACCGGAGACAAACAACAAGCAUCGCCGAGGUGAUUCGAUCGACGGCCAUUUGGCUCCUGCAAACGAAACAAAAGCUUAUGCUCCACCGGCCGCUCCUGCAAAUCCGCGGGCUGGACCCAAUGGUAACGUCCAGGGCCAGUUAUCGCGAAGCCGAUCGCAGCCACAACUUAACAACCAAUAUGCCAACGGUAUACACCAGAUGGCUGCGGAUGCCCCUCCUAUGCCGGGCGUGCCAAGGGCGAACACCGGAUUUGGAGGUCCGACUGGUCUACCAAACGGAGCCCGAGGUCGGGGGCCGCCACCUCGGGGGAUGACAACGGACGGCAUGCCACGAGGACCGCCCAACCAGGGCCCUAUGCAGGGACAAUCGCAAAACUUUGACCCCAGAUACGGACGCAAUCCACCGGGAGUUCAAAGACUAUAUUCAGACGAGUCGACCUAUUCAGAGCCACCACCGAACACAAGGAACUUCACAUCACCACCAGCAGCCGGUAAUGCCAUACCUCGACCAGGAACAGCGGCACCUGCACCAGGACGCCACCCCAGCGACCCGUUAGGCAGAAGGCCCGGUACUACUCAGCCGCCGUUGAACCCAGACGCAUUACCAGCACAUCCAGUGCCUGUACGGCCGGGUUUGAUGCAACAAGGACAACUACAGCAACAACAACCCCAGUCAUCGAUGCCUCAGCAAUCAAGACCGCCGCCUGUUCGUCAGUACAAUAGCGAGCCAGGACGCCCAAGUUACGAUAGUCAGCACUCCACCGCAAAGCGAAACAGCGCACAAAAUGCAGCCCCCCACCCAGUAACGCAUGAUGAACUGAACAGAUUGCGUAAUGUUUGGAAGAAGUCUGAAUCUUCAGACAUCGCUACAGGCCUGAAGUUAGCAAGGAAGCUUGUCGAAGCGUCUAGUGUGCUCGCUGACGAAGGAGGCACUGCUGAUAACCGGACAAAGAACAAGAAUCGCGAAAAGUUUAUGCAGGAAGGCUACAAGAUAGUGAAGAAGCUGGUCAGCAUCGGAUCUCCCGACGCCAUGUUCUAUCUUGCCGACUGCUAUGGUCAGGGAACCCUUGGUUUACAGGUGGAUACGAAAGAAGCAUUUACUCUGUACCAAUCCGCUGCAAAAGCUGGACAUGCUGCAAGUGCGUACCGAACAGCCGUUUGCUGUGAGAUGGGCCACGAAGAAGGCGGAGGUACAAAGAGGGAUCUGGUCAAAGCAGUGCAGUGGUACCAGCGUGCGGCAGCACUAGGUGACACGCCUGCAAUGUACAAGAUGGGCAUGAUCUUCCUCAAGGGACAUUUGGGCCAGCAAAAGAACUUUGGUGAGGCCAUCAACAUGCUCAAGCGUGCUGCCGAACAUGCAGACCGAGACAAUCCUCAUGCUCUCCACGAGCUAGCCCUCAUCUACGAAGCAUCAACCGGCACUGAACGCAUAGCCCGCGAUGAAGCAUACGCGCUGCGACUCUUCCACCAAGCCGCAGACCUCGGUUAUAAGUUUUCUCAAUUCCGCCUCGGACAAGCAUACGAAUACGGUAUGUUGGGAUGCCAAAUCGACGCUCGCACAAGUAUUGCUUGGUACACAAAGGCUGCGGCUCAGGAAGAACACCAGAGUGAACUCGCCCUAUCUGGCUGGUAUCUAACUGGUACACCCGGUAUCCUCGAACAAAGCGACACUGAAGCAUAUCUCUGGGCCCGCAAAGCAGCGUGUGCGGAACCGCCUCUGCCAAAGGCCUUGUUCGCCAUGGGCUACUUUACUGAAGUUGGAAUCGGUUGCUCAAGGAGUUUAGAGGAGGCGAAGAGGUGGUAUGGAAGGGCUGCUGCAUACAAAUUCCCCAAGGCCCAAGAACGACUUGAAGAGCUCAAAAAGGGUGGAAGCAAGGCCCAGAAGAAUAGGGAGAGGUUGAGUAGGACGAAUCAGAGGCAGCAGGAGGAGAAUUGUACGGUUAUGUAG